AUGGCUUCAAGCGACCUUUUUGUAACUAGUUUUACUCUCCAGACAAACACGAUUGGUGUUCCACUCUGGGAAACUCUGAAGCGCUACACCAAGGCUAGUCCAUCUCUGCAGAAGACUCCGAGUCAAUCGGGAUGCGUGCUCAUUUUUGCGCACGGAGUAGGAUUUCACAAAGAGCAGUGGGAACCCACUAUAAACCAUCUGUUCAAGCUCGACACACAAAAUACUAUUCGCGAAGCUUGGACAAACGUCGUGGGGUAUUGUGUAAGCCCCUUCACAAGCAUCCUUGUGUUGUUACUAAUCACCGCCGAAGCUAUCUACGACUACACUGAGGCCUUGGUCAUUCUUCGCCGUGAUCUUCUAGGAGACUCCAACCCGGAGUAUAGUCGAAAGAACAGAUUCAUUCUUAUCGGUCAUUCUGCAGGAACUGUGGCUUGUGUGAUGGCGUUGGUGUUUUCCAAUCCUCCCAGCAACGUCAUGUUUGAUAGUCUUGUCCUCGUCGAGACGCCGAUUCAUCAUCCGUCCGCUGAAGCCCAUCAUACCGCAAUGUUCAAGGCGUUUGCCGUCGUCAACAACUGUCACGAUAUUUGGCCUAGCCGCGAGGCUGCUAGGGCUUGGCUUGCUCCACUCAUCGUUUUCCAGAACCAUGGUCUACGUCCAUUACCGACAGCGUUCUAUUUUGACAAGACCGAUGGAAUCAUCCUGAGCGUCACAUGGGUGGAUGAAAAUGCCGCAUACUCAAAAGACGCCAAAACUUCAUUCACAGCGCUUUGGAAUUUGAACACGAUCUGUGGCGUUGUACCGAUUCAUCUUGUCUGCGGUGCCAGAACGAUCUUAUGUCACGCGAAAUUCAGGAUUCAAUUAUUGAUGCCCGUGAAGGAAGGACUUUUACUUCUAUAACCCGAGUUCCUGGAACGGGACACUGGGUGGGUCUCUUAGGAAUCGUGAGCAUGGCGAGCAGGCUACUCAUUGCGAACAGGUAUUACAGGAAGCACCGAAACGGACGGCAGACGCAUUAUGGACUAUUAUAGCUACCCAUAUUCCAUUGCACAGGCUAUAGUUGAAUGUUGCCCAGCUGUAGAUUGUCCUGUAUAUUCCGUCGGUAUACAUGUUAACGUCAAAUAUCCGACACUAUUGGUACGAGCAUCCGGAGCAAUGACGAAUUGUUAUGAAGAAAUCGGUCUUUCCUGAGGACCGAGAAGGAGUCCUGUUACUUGGUGAAGCUUCCUCUGCAAAACUUGCAGACGUUCGUCCUCAUACAAAUAUAAACUAUGUG